GAAUCCUCUGGAGGCACGCUUUCUCAUCUGCUCCAUUGGAGCCCUGACACUGUUUCAGAGAUGGGAGGAGGAGGGGUGGGGAGCUCCAGCGACCAAGGGAGGGAGAGAGAGAGGGAGAGAGGGCGACACUGAAUGAGACGGACAAACACAGAGGAGGAGAGGAGAAGAAAAAACUUCCUUCCACAGUUGCUAGAGAAACUGCAAGGCUAGGCUGUGCGCGCUUGAGCGCUUCACUGGGUGUUUCUGAACUCUCCCACGCAUGGCUUCUAAGUUCCACCACAUUUAAUCGUUCUGUGUGCAUCACGAAGUAGACUUGUGCGGAGGAUACGGAGUCUCUGUGCUUUAGAGAUGGAGCGCGUUAAGGGUACAGCGGUCUGGGGAAGAUUACCGCUAUUUCUCAUCAUUCUACAUGCAACGGCCACACAAGGAGCCAAUCUGGUGGACGUGCUGCAAGCGCUGCAGCUGACGGACAACAUGGAGGGUGUCUCCGUAGAGGCUGGGCUCUGCAGCAACAGGAAGGACAUGGAGGAGGCCGACUAUGCUUUCAGGAUAGACAAGAAGAUUCAGCUCAGUGCACCAACCAAGCAGCUCUUCCCGGACUCUCCCUUCCCGGAGGACUUCUCUGUGAUGGCGACAGUGAGGGCGAAAAAGCGCACACAGUUCUUCUUGCUGUCGGUGUACGACGAGCAGGGCAUACCGCAGUUGGGUCUGGAGGUGGGCCGAUCUCCUGUCUUCCUGUACGAGGACCAGCGGGGCCAGCCUUCCCCUGACCUCUACCCAAUCUUCAAGAAGAUCAACAUGGCCGACGGAAAGUGGCACAGGAUCGCCUACAGCGUCCAGGGCAAGUCCGUCACGCUGUACCUGGACUGCAAGAAGGUGCAGACGUUGGAGCUGCUCCGCGGAGACGACCCCGUGGUCAGCACAGACGGAGUCACUGUCUUCGGCACCCGUCUGCUGGAUGAGGACGUCUUUGAGGGAGAUAUCCAGCAGCUGCUGAUAGUGGAUGAUCCUCUGGCUGCGGCUGACUACUGCCUGCACUACAUCCCUGACUGUGGUGCCCCCCUCCCCUACAGCAGCCAUGUCCAGGCCCCUGAGGAGGCCCCUGCCUCUCUGUCUGACCACCUGAUGCAAGGCGACGAGCCCCAGGAAAUGGAAGAGCCGGCCAAGAAAGGCUCCAAAAAAGGCCGGAAGGGCAAAAAGGACAGGUCCAAGAAGAAGAAGAAGAGGGACCGGUCGUCAAAGAAGGGGAAAAAGAGGGAAUCCAGGAAGAAGAGAAAGGAGAUGGAAACACUCGAAGAAGAAGAGGGUUUCCUGCAGGUGUCCACUGUGAUGCCUGAUUAUCUCUCUCUGGACCCCUUCAGAACGACUCCACUUCCUGUUUUUGAACAGUCUACGCCAGCAAUGGCUCUGGCUGAGGACACCCCGGAACUCGGGGGUUUGAUUCCUGAGAUGCCCACCCACGAGCCUGAAUCAAACCUGGAGGACCCCACAGUGGUGUCCACAACACUGCCUGAGUCCAAGGUGGAGGAGAGGCCAGCGGAGAAGCCGGAGGUGGAGGAGCUAGAAGAUGAUCUCUACCGCGACCUUUACGACGACCUCUCAGUCUCCACGGUAACAGUGGGUCCCAACAUCACAGACUAUGAGAUCAUUGAGUAUGAUGACUUGAAGAAUGACUCCCAGCUGCUUGAGUACGAGGAGUAUGCGGCCUACGACGAUCACUUUGGCCCAGCCGAGAGGGAGGGAGCACAGACGUGGGGCGGAGAGGAUAAGCUCGGUCUGCAGAAGGGGGAGAAGGGUGAUCCCGCCAUCAUUGAACCUGGUACACGAAUAGAAGGACCUGCUGGACCACCUGGGCCAGAGGGUGUUCCAGGCAUUCCUGGGACUACAGGCCCUCCAGGACCCAGAGGGGACCAAGGGGAUAGGGGUCCUGAAGGAAGGCCAGGAAUGGCUGGGGCUGAUGGAAUACCAGGUUCUCCAGGCACCUUACUGAUGCUACCGUUCCAGUUCGGGGGCGACUCCCAGAAGGGUCCGGUGGUUUCGGCCCAGGCGGCCCAGGCUCAAGCCAUCAUGCAGCAAGCUAAAUUGUCCUUGAGGGGGCCAUCAGGCCCAGUGGGUCUUUUAGGACGUUCAGGACCCCUGGGACUGCCUGGAGCCACGGGUCUGAAGGGAGAGCGGGGAAUGAAUGGACUUGCGGGUCCCCGUGGCUUGCCUGGCCCCAUUGGUCUGAACGGGAAAGCUGGGAAAAGAGGCCGAUCAGGAGCGGACGGGGGCCGAGGAGCUCCAGGUGAAACCGGCACUAAGGGUGACAGAGGCUUUGAUGGACUGCCUGGUCUCCCUGGUGACAAAGGCCAUAGAGGUGACAGAGGGAAACAAGGGCUAGUUGGUCCUGUUGGAGAGUCGGGAGAAAAGGGUUCAGAUGGACCUGUGGGGCCACUGGGACAACCAGGCGAAGCUGGAACCAGGGGCCUUGUGGGACCGCGUGGACCUGCAGGACCACCUGGCCAGCCGGGCAUACGAGGUGUGGACGGAGUUCAAGGGGCCAAGGGCAAUCUGGGACCCUCAGGAGAACCAGGACCUGCGGGUCAACAAGGGAACCCUGGAAUUCAGGGCUUUCCAGGUUCGCAGGGUCCCAUUGGGCUGCCUGGAGAGAAGGGUCCACAGGGGAAGUCUGGCAUGCAGGGCCUUCCCGGGAUUGAUGGGCCACUGGGUCAUCCAGGAAGAGAGGGACCUCCUGGAGAGAAAGGACUGUCGGGCUUACCUGGAGCACAGGGACCUGUGGGAUAUCCAGGCUCACGUGGUGUGAAGGGAGCAGACGGAGUCCGAGGCUUAAAGGGCGGCAAAGGAGAAAAGGGUGAAGAUGGCUUUCCUGGGGCGAAAGGUGACAUGGGCAUCAAUGGAGAUAGAGGUGAUGUUGGAGCCCACGGGCCUCGCGGUGAGGACGGACCGGAGGGACUAAAAGGCCAGUCAGGGCCGCUGGGAGAGACUGGACCCCUAGGCGUCGCUGGAGAGAAGGGCAAACUUGGUGUUCCUGGGUUGCCAGGGUAUCCAGGAAGACUAGGAUCUAAAGGAUCGGUGGGCUUCCCAGGAACUUCUGGGCUGAUUGGCGACAAGGGGAGGCGGGGGCCAGCGGGACAACCAGGAGCUGAGGGAGAGCGAGGGCCUAACGCCUCACGAGGAGGAAGGGGAGCAAGAGGACCGACAGGGAAGCCUGGGGACAAGGGAGCCUCUGGACAUGAGGGACCUGCAGGAGGAGCAGGUGAUAGGGGUCCCCAGGGGCCACAGGGGCAGAAUGGAGAGACGGGGCCCAAGGGACCGACUGGCCCUCCUGGAAAAGAUGGACUUCCCGGACAUCCUGGACAGCGGGGAGAACCAGGAUUCCAAGGGAAGACAGGACCUGCUGGCCCCCUUGGAGUCGUUGGUCCACAGGGCAAUUCUGGAGAGACGGGCGCCGCCGGUGAUCGAGGGCACCCUGGAGCUCCAGGACCUCCUGGAGAGCAAGGCUUACCCGGGGCUGCUGGGAAAGAAGGAGCUAAGGGAGAUCCAGGACCCACAGGGACUGCGGGGAAGAGCGGCCCUGCCGGGAAAAGAGGUUUUCGAGGGAGUCGAGGCAAUCCGGGUGCCAUGGGCCCUGCUGGACUAAAAGGAGCCGAGGGACCUCCCGGUGUUGCGGGAGCUAUUGGAGCCACAGGUGAGAGGGGUCCUGCAGGAGUGGCCGGUCCAAUCGGCUCACCAGGACGACCAGGAGCUGUCGGCCCAGCCGGACCAAUGGGAGAAAAGGGAGAGCCUGGUGAGAGGGGCCCGAUUGGUCAUGCGGGGAAAGACGGCGAGCAGGGGCCCCUGGGACUGCCCGGCGCCGCAGGACCCGCUGGUCCUCCUGGUGAAGAUGGUGAUAAGGGCGAGAUCGGAGGACCGGGCCAGAAGGGCAGCAAGGGUGACAAGGGAGAAGGGGGACCACCAGGAGCGAUAGGAAUUCAAGGGCCCAUCGGACCACCAGGAUUACCAGGUGUUGAUGGAGAGGCAGGGCCACGGGGCCAGCAGGGCAUGUACGGCCAGAAGGGUGACGAGGGGCUCCGAGGAGUUAAGGGGGCCAACGGUCCCGAUGGACUCCAGGGUUUGCCAGGACCUCCUGGUGAGAAGGGCGACAGUGGCCACGUGGGAUCGUUGGGCCCCCCUGGACAGCAUGGACCCAGAGGCCCUCAGGGAUCUAUCGGUGCAGAGGGGGCUGCUGGAUUGCCUGGGGGAGUCGGCCAACCUGGAGGUGUGGGAGAAAAGGGUGAAGACGGAGAGGCGGGGAGCCCAGGACCUGUUGGGGACACAGGCACUUCAGGAGGGAAGGGUGAGUUCGGGGAGAAGGGUGAUUCAGGACCGUCUGGGGCUGCCGGACCCCCAGGAAUCCGGGGCCAGCCAGGAGAGGACGGACCCAAAGGAAACGCUGGUCCCACUGGUUUCCCUGGAGACGCAGGAUCACCAGGAGAGACAGGUGUCAACGGCAUUGAUGGCGGACCAGGAGCGAAGGGGGAUAAUGGGGACCCAGGGAAAGCGGGGCCUCCAGGGGCCUCAGGAGAACCUGGCCCCUCAGGGCCACCAGGAAGGAGGGGUCAAUUAGGUCCUGGAGGAAAAGAAGGGAAGCAAGGCAGGAAGGGAUCAAAGGGAGCUUCUGGUGGCGAGGGGCCUGUGGGUAAGACCGGCCCGGUGGGACCUCAGGGACAUCCUGGCAACCAGGGUACAGAGGGACUGCGUGGGAUCCCCGGGCCCUCGGGUGAGCAAGGAUUGAAUGGACCCCCUGGACAAACAGGACCUAAUGGACCCAUGGGACCACCAGGAUUGCCUGGACUGAAAGGAGACUCCGGAGAAAAGGGUGAAAAGGGUCACGGUGGAUUGCUUGGUCUUAUUGGGCAACCAGGAGAGAUGGGAGAGAAAGGGGACAGAGGAGACCCAGGAAGUGAGGGCACAAGAGGAGGCAUUGGCGAUGAGGGUAUAAUAGGAACACCUGGUCCCACAGGACCUCCUGGACCCCCUGGACUGUCUGGUAUGGUUGGGGAGAAGGGAUCCAAAGGAGAAGAGGGCCUCAUUGGACCGAGAGGAGACAACGGACUAGCCGGACCACCGGGACCCCCUGGCCCCCCUGCCACUAUCAUCCAGCCUCUGCCCAUCCGGGAGGGCAGGAACAAGCGUCGCCGGCACUCUGAGCGUGGCAGAGGUGGGGCGGCAGCUGGCGCGAGGGAGGAGGCGGAGCCAGAACAGGAAGCUGCCGAGGCAGAGGCGGAGCUGGAGGCGCUGAACAUGGAGGACUUCCUGCAGGCUGACAUGCCCAUGCGUGAGCCCGAGGGCAUGGAGGAGGUGUUCGCCUCGCUCAACUCCAUGAAGACGGAGAUCGAGCUGAUGAGGAAACCGCUGGGCACUUACGAGAGCCCUGCCCGCACCUGCAAAGAGCUCAUGAUGUGUCACCCAGACUACAAAGACGGGGAUUACUGGAUCGAUCCGAACCAGGGAUGUCACAAAGACUCCAUCAAGGUCUACUGCAACUUCACCGCAGACGGCGAGACCUGUCUGUUCCCUGACAAGAGGAUCGAAACGGUCAAGCUGGCAGCCUGGAGCAGAGAGAAGCCUGGAACCUGGUUCAGCCAGUACAAGAGAGGAAAACAGCUCUCCUACAUCGACACUGAGGGGACCCCGGUCCCGGUGGUGCAGCUGACCUUCCUGAAGCUCCUCAGCGCCACGGCCCGGCAGACCUUCAGCUACUCCUGCCAGAACUCGGUCGGCUGGUUCGACAUGUCCUCGCGCAGCCACAAGCGCGCGCUGCGCUUCCGAGGGAGCAACGAUGAGGAGAUGACGCACACCACGACUCCCUUCAUCCAAGCCCUGCACGACGGCUGCAAGUCUCGACAGGGCCAUGAGAAGACAGUCCUGGAGAUCGACUCGCCAAGAUCAGACCUCCUCCCCAUCAUUGAUGUGGCUGCCUCAGACUUUGGGGGAACCAAUCAGAAAUUUGGAUUCCAAGUUGGACCUGUCUGUUACACUGGCUGAAAAGCUCCACAGAUUGAUCCACCAAAGACUUAAGACUUGACCCAUGCCACACAAGCAAUAUUUAUUAUAUUUUAUGUUCAUGUGGUGGGUUUGUGGUACGUUUUCUAAUGACUUUUGGACAACCAAUGGGGAAGUCAAGCUCCACUGUUCCAUGACAACACAAACAGUGACUAUCCAAUGGACUUACAAUGGGAUGAACCCAGCACAUUUACCAAAGGGAAGUCUUCCAAUUAGUCAUAUUUAAUUUUUUGUUGUUUGUUUUUUCCCUUUUUGCUGUUAUUAUUUACAUUCGUUCACCAUUAUGGAGUUUUUGUGUGAGAACCAAUGCUUUAAUUGGUCUGCAACACCCAAACCUUGCCAAUGCACUCAGAAAGGCACCUAAUUUUUGGGGGCUAGACUCUCAUUGGUAACAUACCACUAAGUGACCACUGCAGCGAUUUUACUUGGUGUAGUCCAGUUGGCUGUGGUAUUAGUUUGUUACAUGAUUUGAAUUAAUAUGCCACUCCAGGGAUUAGCUUUGAAAUUGUGAAGUAAACAUUGCUAUAUUCACGUGUAUAGCCUUGACUGCAAUAAGAUGCUAAGCGAAGCCAUGUGCCGUCAGUGGUCAGGAACAAAGAAAAGCAGUUUGUUUCCGGUACAUUCUUCACCGCUAACCUACAAUGUUACUCAUUGCACUGUGCCUAUCUCUGCGCACAAACAAUGGCAAAUGCCAGCCUGAAUAAGCAUGGCUGAUGGCUGUCUGAGAUGGCUAAGUUUGUUUACAGGGUAUGGUUGACAUGACGUGGAGAAGGGUACUCUAUGAAUACAAAUGCACAUUUAUUUUCUUAUCAGACAGGUUUGUUUACAAACUUUUCAGAAUGGUCAUCAUUUCUGUGGUGCUUAUUUCCGCUGUGGAUGUGUGUGCGCAUCAGCGGGGUAUGCUAAUAUUUCGCCUGUGAACAAGUAAAGGUCAGGAUUUAGGCAUUUGUGAGGAAAAUGAGCCGGAGAGUUGUUUGUCGUCUAGAGUAUUAUACUUCAGUGCCUUCCCAUCAAGACUGACCUAAUUUCAUCUGACUGCCAGGAAAAAUAGUGUUUGUUAGCGGGAGUAGAAAAGAACACACACGCACACACACUCAGAAAAAUGUAAUCUCCCACAUCUCACUUGCAGUUUUUAAGCCAUUUAUUGUUGUAUGUUUGUUUGUUUGAUUUAGUUUUUUUCUUUGAUUUCCUUCCUCUUUAGUUUGUACAUUGUCAUUUUUUUUUUGUGUUUUGUUCGUUCAGUUGCUCUGCUGUGGUGCUAAUGACCAUGUCUUGUCAUUUUGUUUUUGUUGUUGUUUUUUGUUUAUGUUUAUUAUCAUGCCUCGGGGGGCAGGGUGAGGAGGCAUGGGGAGGUAGACAGCCCAGGUGACUGCUGGGUGGAAGCGAGGAUAGUUUCAGUGUUGAACUACUGUAAACCCCUUUUGCCUUUAGCAUAUAGCACACCCACAAACACUCACACACACACACACACACACACACACACACACACACACACACACACACACACAUGUACCAAUGAACAUUCAGGGAACAUAGACCGAGGGCACAGUGCACUUCAGCUCCAAGGUAACGUGGUGCUCCUCCAUGUCCUACAUAGACAUGUACUCUUGUUAGCUUACCUUGUUUCCUGUAAAUAUGUGCACUCUACUCAUUGCACUGUGGAUCCAAUUUCAAUUUGUCCUGGCAAUCUGAAAGUGUUACGAAUAGCGUUGGUUCCUGUUUAUCUCCGCCUCCCACCCCACCCUGCCCCCUCCAAUGUAUAGUGCCUGUGGUAUAUAUUGUACAGUUAUUCUGAAGUAUGAAACCUAAUAAUAAUCUGAUGCCUGAUUGAAAAUCAAAUACAUUUGUGAACCUGACAAAUAA